AUGCCUCCCCCUCCACCACCUCCUCCCCCUCCGCCGCCGCCGCCUGGAGGUCUUGGUGGCCCUCCUCCCCCGCCUCCUGGGGGUGGCAGCAGUCUACCUGCUAGGCCAUCAAAAAAUGAAGUCAAAGGAAGGAGCGCUUUAUUAUCUGAUAUUCACAAGGGAGCACGAUUGAAGAAGACCGUUACCAAUGAUCGAUCUGCGCCUCAGAUAGGAAACACUGGAGGAGCUUCGGCAGCGCCGGUGGCUGGAGGAGCGCCUCCGGUGCCAGGCAUGAGAGCACCCUCGGGCCUGGCGCCACCUGUUCCUCCUACUGCCAAUCGAGAACGAAGUAACAGUGAAGGGAUUCCCAGACCUGAUGCAGGAGCAAGCGGUCCAGCAGCACAACUAGGAGGUCUCUUCGCUGGGGGUAUACCCAAGCUACGCAGUCGCGGUGGGGUCGAUACAGGAGCCAACAGAGAUUCACCCUAUAUGUCCGAUGGUGAGACCACAAGACGCACAAGCUCAUCGAUCCCUAAGCCCCCUUCAGCUCCUCCCCCGCCUCCCGGCGCACGACCUCCAAUGCCUCCACCUCCUCCUUCGGACACACACAGUACGCCCGCUAUCAAUCCGCUCGUCGCCAGCCUUAAGAAGCCCCCGCCACGACCGUCUGCCCGAUCAUCCGCGUCGCCAGCUUCACUGAAGGGAGCGCCAGAAACCCCUCCCCCUCGUGCUCCUCCGCCACCUCCAGGCUCACGGAAGCCUUCUGGAGCUCCCCCACCACCUCCGACUUCAUCCAGCCCAGCAGUCUCCCCACCACCUCCGCCCUCUGCGCCCACUUCCUCACGACCUCCUCCCCCUCCCCCUGCAGCUGCUCCCGGCCGACCAACACCGCCUCCACCUCCCCCUCCGCCAUCCGGAGCUUCUCCAUCAAUGGCUACACAAGCAGCGCGUAGUGCGCUUGGCUCUACAGCUUCUCCCGCAGCACCGCCGCCUCCCCCUCCACCGUCUGCUGCGCCGGCAGCUCCACCACCUCCUCCGCCUCCAGCCCCAGGCCUAGCACCUCAUCCACCAAGCGAGCCGCCUUCUCGUCCAUCGCCCGUUAACUCACGCCCAGCUUCCCAUGAGCCCCACGUGGCAUUGGACCCUAGUGCAUAUACUUUGUCAUCUCUGGGUUCUACUCCCACAUCAGGUGCUCGUACGCGUGGAUCCUCGAUCAUGGGCCCUGUCCGAAUAGAGGAUCCACGAUUCAAAUUCCAAGGGGAAGGUCUUUUCCCCAAACCGCGGCCUUUCAUUGGUGGUGAAAGGAGGUAUAGGGCUGGCCGCGGAAGCAGUGUGCCUCUAGAUUUGAGUGCGCUGAGUGGCUGA